GCCAUGGCGUCCACGGGGCUGCAGCUGCUGGGCUUGGUGCUGGCGGUGGUGGGUUGGGUCUGCGGCGCCCUGGUGUGUGCUGCUCCUCUGUGGCGAGUGUCCGCCUUCGUGGGCGGAGAGCUGGUGAUCGCCCAGAUGCUGUGGGAGGGGCUGUGGAUGAACUGCCUGUCUCAGACCACCGGACACAUCCAGUGCAAGACGUACGACUCCACGCUGGCCCUGCCGCGGUCGGCCCAGGCCGCCCGGGGCCUCACCGUGCUCUCCCUGCUGCUCUGCCUGCUGGCCCUCAUGCUCGGGGUGGCCGGGGCCAAGUGCACUCACUGCAUGGGCGACGGCAACCAGGCGUCCAAGGCUCGGCUGGCCAGGAUCGCGGCGCUGCUCUUCCUGGUGGCGGGCUUCGCCUACCUGAUCCCCAUCUGCUGGACCGCCCACGCCAUCAUCAGAGACUUCUACGAUCCGAACGUUGCAGCGCCUUUAAAGAGAGAGCUGGGGCCGGCGCUGUACCUGGGCUGGGGAGCCAGCCUGAUGCUCCUGGUGGGGGGCUCCCUGCUCCACCUGGGCUCCUCCCCAGCAGGAGGGAGAACCAUGCCUGUUCUGGGAGGAGCAGCGAAGGACAACCCACAUCCAGGCGCCGCCGGAGAGGCGAAACAGGAGAAAUCUUUCGUAUGA